AGAAUGUCUGUUAUAACAAAUGAAAUUUACAAAAAAACUAUACCACUCUUCAUCAUACCCCAAGUAGCUGGACAAGAAACGAAGCGAAAACAAGUGGACUUUGCUCUAGAGGUGCAUGCCGGCUCAACUGGACGAAAAGAACUGCUACUCAGAUUAACAGACAAUAACGAUCCUUUCUUUUUACAUCAAUUGGUUCUGAACGAAGAGGAUUUUUCUGUUCUGAAAAACCAACAGGGAAUUUUAGUAGAUUACUCAAGUUUUCCUCCGAAAUUGACAGAACUUUUCGAAUUAUGUUUGAAAGAAAGUUUAUCAGAGACGCCCAAGUUUUUGCUCAAAUUUCAAGAAAGUUGUCUAGCCAAUGGAGCUUCAACGUUGUCAAUAGUCGAGACAACUCAGUUCAGACACUUGGUCCAUUUGUCUCUAACUCUGUCUCUUGGCAAUGACUGUGAGGUCAAAAAGUACCUUGCUAGUGUUCUAUCGAAGCUACAAGUGGAGAAGAAUGCAGUAGAAUCGAACUUAAGAUCACAAGUGCGUGAUCUUGAAUCUAACUUAUCCGAAUGUCGGAGGUUACUUGAUGAUAGGAACCACGAACUGAAUGUUUUGAAAUCUGACCUGGAUUCGAGGGUUAGUCAAAUGGAAGCGAAGUUUUCGCAGGAAUUAGCAGUUAUUCAAGAAAAACAUUUGAAAGAGAAAACUAGUUUCCAAAGUGAGGUAGAAGCAAGAAGGAUUGAACGAGAAAGCUUCUUUCAGACCUCCCUCGGACAGUAUGAAGAUCGCAUAAAAGUCUUAGAAAGUGAACAGAAAGAGCUAGUUGAUAAAAAGUACAAAUCAGAAUCAAGUAUAAGAGAUUUAAAAUCGAAGCUGCAAGUUCUAGACGAGGAAUUAAACAGAACGAGAGCUGAACUGAAUUCGCUCAGAAGUGAAAAUGCUUCAAGUUUGACUAAUAGUCAUGAAAAAGAGAAACUUAUCAAUGGUCUGAAAACAAAAGUUGCUGUUUUGGAGCAAGAUGUAAAGAGUAAAAAUCAUAUCAUUGAACGGUCACAAGAGCAAGUUGAAAUGGCGAAUCAACAGCGGUUGAAACUUGACGAUAACGUAGAGUUACUGAAGUCGAAAAUUUCAGAAAUGGAACAAAAUUUGAAACAUGCAACGGAUGAUAACAACAAGGCCAACAACAUCAUUCGCAAACUUCAGGAAGAUUUGAGAAUAUCUUAUGGAAAAUUGAAGUUGAAAAAUAGUGUAACAGUUCAACAAGAAAAAGUCAUCAGUGAAAAGUCAUCGACUUUAGAAAAGACUGUUUUGCAUUUGAAAUCGGUUGAAAGUGACUUAAAACUUAGAACCGAGGAAGUUGAGAAAUUAGGAGAUGAGCUGAAAAGCUCAAACGCCAAACUGGAAGAAAAUCAGAAGCUCUUAGAUUCUAAUGAGAAAAUCAUUCAAUACUUGAAUAAACAAAUAACAGAUUCACAAUUGACUCAGAGAAGCAAUUCAAAUUUCGGAAACUCCACAAAUGUUACUGCUAAGUUCAGGCAAGGAUCCACUAGCGGAUCUGUACAAAAUUCGGCUAGACCGGAUUAUAAUUCGUUUAACAAUACAUCCCCCAUGCAAAAUACAGCCUCAAAUAUUUCGCCCCACUUAAAUAACAACCACUGGGGACCGAGUGCUAACACUUACCAUCCUCAGAACCCUAACUAUGCUAAUGAAUCGAGUCACAUGCAAGAAAAUUUCGCCAAAACGGCUCAUAUGAGCAGCACGCCAUUUUUCCACCAAUCAGGAGAUGCAGCCAAGUUAUCACCGAGAGAAAGAUUUCCGCCUGUGAUGGAAUCAAACCCUCUGGACUCGCUGCCAUCCAAGUACUUGAAGUCGUCAAAUAUGGUCAACACCAAAGCAAGUCACAAUUUGGAUGAUUUACCAGAGCGGCUCUCUAGUGGUAGAUACUCGCAAGCUAGACGUCCAUCGACUUCAAAUGAAAAAGGUUAUCCAUUGCCUUCUGGAUAUGAUUCUAGUAGUCAUCAGAGACACUUAAUGCAGACUCAACAAAAGAUUGAUAACAUGAGUUUGGCGUCAACAGCAAAUUCCACGUCUUCUAAAGCGAUUGUGAACUCUCAUAAAACGCCAAUUAUGUCGGCAUAUUUCAUGCCCGCGCACGUUGCAGCUGCCAACAAAAAUAAAUCUGGAUGAAAUGACUAUGGUUAAGUCGUGUUGUUGACCCUUAGGUGGUGUGACCAGAAGGGUCAUUUUCUGUAAAUUUAUCAUAGUUGUACUUCUUUGCAAAAUUACUAUUUCAUCUUUUUAUUGACUUCAUCAUCUUGCCUUUAAGCUGUGCUCUUUGCCUCCAUUUUCGAAGAUUUAUAUUUUUCUGACCCCUGAUCAGAUUUCUAGAUAUGGCGUGAAUAUUUGUAUAGAAGAAAUUUGUAAUUUCCUUUAAUUAGUUUGUAUGUCGUGUACAAUCACAUAUAAUUAUAGUUUUUCGUCCUAACAAUUUAGUUGAACUUUGGCUCAUUCUUUUUUGUGUG